UAUUAUUUGUGCCAAAAAAAAAAAAAGAGGUGUAAGGAAAAAAAAAAGAUUAAAGAGGUUUUUUGAACAAACAACAUCUUAAACGCUUAUAAAUUUAUCACACCGUACAAAGUUAAAACUGAAAUUAUUAUUUGAACUUUGUUACUAAAUAUGUUGGUCAACAUUUUUGCCAUUAUCAUUGGUUUUUUGACAAGUAUUGAAUAUAUUCAAGUACUUGAGAUUGGCGAAACAAAAAUUAAGUUCCCAGCCAUUGAAAAAAAAAACCUUUCAUCAGUUACAACAGAAAUUCUUCCAGCCAUUGCUACAGGAAUUCUUCCGGUGAAAGAGUUUAGGAAACUCGGUUGCUGGAAAGACACAGCCAAUCGAACUCUAUUUGAGUUAGAAGAAAGAUUUUCUUUGCUAGACGGAUUACCUAACCUACGUUUAGAUUCCUUAACCAAAUGUUAUGAAGCUGCUAAAGUCUAUGGGUAUAAAAUUUUUUCAUUACAAAACGGAGGGCAUUGCUUUGGAGGAAAUGGAAUAUCUUACCAAAAGUAUGGAAAAUCAAAUGAUUGCAAACCAAAUGGAAAAGGUGGAUUAUGGGCAAAUGAAGUUUACACAGAAAACGAUCGAAGCAUUAAAGUAGAAAAAGUAGUGGAAUUUAGGAAACUUGGUUGCUGGAAAGACACACCUAUUCGAGCUUUGUUUGAGUUAGAAGGAAAAUCUGAGUUACUAGAUGGGUCACCACAGCAACGUUUAGAUCCGUUAAUAAAAUGCUACAAAGCUGCAAAAGCUAAUGGAUAUUUAAUAUUUGCUUUACAAUACGGUGGACAAUGUUUUGCAGGAAACGGACUGGCUUAUCAAAAGUACGGAGCUUCAAGUGAGUGUAAUGUGGAUGGAAGAGGAGGUGCUUGGUCAAAUGAAGUUUACCAAGAAGACUUUAAAUAUAAAAAUCAUUCUGAAAUACUUGAGUUUAAAAAACUUGGGUGUUGGAAAGACACACCUCAAAGAUCUUUAGUUGAACUUGAAGCUAAGUCCUCUAUUCUAGAUGGAUUACCUCAGAAACGUACUGGUUCUUUGUUAAAAUGUUAUAUAGCUGCAAGAGAACGUGGAUUUAAAAUCUUUUCUUUGCAAUACGGCGGACAGUGUUUUGCAGGAAAUGGGGUAUCUUAUAAAAAAUAUGGAAAAUCCAACGAUUGUAAUCAAAACGGAAAAGGUGGCACAUGGGCGAAUGAAGUAUACACAUUAAAAGAACAGAGUUUAAAAGAACAAGUCGUUGUUAAUUUUAAGAAACUUGGUUGUUGGAAAGACACUCAAAGCCGAGCUCUAUUUGAGUUAGAAGGAAAGUCUUCAUUACUUGAUGGAUCGCCUCAGCAACGUUUAGAUCCUUUAAUUAAAUGUUAUGAAGCCGCAAUUGCUAAUGGAUAUUCAAUUUUUUCGCUGCAAUAUGGUGGACAGUGUUUUGCAGGAAAUGGAACAAGUUACAAAAAGUAUGGACGCUCAAGCAAAUGUAACUUAGAUGGAAGAGGUGGAACAUGGGCAAAUGAAGUUUACAAAAAAGAUUUCCUUUAUCGCAUUAAUCGCAAAAAACUUAUGUUCACUAAUCUUGGCUGCUGGAAAGACACACCUAAAAGAUCUUUAGUUGAACUCGAAGGCAAAUCAUCUAUUCUUGAUGGAGUACCCCAACAGCGUGCUGAUCCUUUAGGUAAAUGUUACAGAGCUGCAACUGAACGUGGAUUUACAGUUUUUUCUUUGCAAUACGGUGGACAAUGUUUUGCUGGAAACGGGGUGUCAUACAAAAAGUUCGGAAAAUCAACAAAUUGCAAUGCAGAUGGUAGAGGAGGGACAUGGGCAAAUGAAGUUUAUGUAUUUGGUGUUUCAAAAAUUGUUGCAGCAUUUUUAUCACUUCAGCAACCUUACCGAUAAACAUUUUUGAAUUCGCACUUAUAUCUGUAUAAUAAAUAACUAGGACCUUCUUGAUUUUUGGCAUAUCGACGACCAUUAUUAGUAUAAUAACUGUAAUGAAAAAUCAAAAAAUGAUAAUAUUUUAA